AUGCCUGGAGGCGGAAGAGGCGUGGGCAGCAAGCCCGGAGGAGACAAGGCUGGCCGGGGCAAGGCAAAGGGCAAAGCCGGUGGAUUCAAAGGCGGUGCCCACGGCGGCAAGAGUCCGGGUGGAUGGAAGAUCCCCGGUGUGCAGACUGGCGUGGGCAAGGGCGGCGGACACGGCAGCAAAGGGCCUGGCGGCUGGGCCUCCACCACGGACGUUCCACCAGGCACGGGCCCCACUGGCCAGCAAAUUCAUUGGAAGAUAUGGGUCAAUACUCAUGACUUCAACCGCAACCCAAUGCUCACGUUUCUUCGGCAAGAGGAUGAAGACAGCGUGGAAGACCGCGCGCAAGUCAGACACGUGCUGGUGUCUGCGUUUCCAACGCCAGCAGAGGCAUGUCUUGUGGACACGUGCCGACCAUAUCCAAAGCCUUUGUCCCUUUCUGCUGUGGCGGUGAAGAGCGGCAACGAGGAUGACGGGGUUUGUGACGGCAGCCGUGAGAGCAGUGGUGCUGACGAGAUUGUGGCCCACAUUCUCUUUCUUCCUGUCACACUACAACGGCCAAAGCAUGGUGCUUCGAUGCGCAGUCAGCCCAACGUGACGCUACUUGCGCCGUUGAGUGUGCUGCCAAGUUGCCAAAGACAAGGCAUUGGAUCGAAACUUACAGAGUGGGCGCUGGAGCAACAGAGGGCCCAAGGUGUGGCAGCAGUGUUGGUGCUCGGCUCAGAGUACUACCGCCGGUUCGGGUUCAGGCCCGUCGCAGACUUUGACCUGCACUAUCCAGAUGCAAGCCUAGAUCCGCAUUUCUUCUGCCUUGAACUGCAACAAGGCAGCAUGUCUUCCUGGGCUGGCGCAACAGCCGUGCUGCCGAAACAAUUUGAUCUGCUGGAGCACGCGGUGGAUGUUCCUGCCCGCGACACGGACACCAUUCCGUACGCCCCGCUCAUCCUCAUCUGCAACAACCUUAUGGCAGCCGUAGGGGAUGGCACAGGUAGGAAGGAGAGUGAUGGCGAGCGAGGGCAACGAGAAGGCGAGGAGGGCAUGCACCGCAGCACACAAGCAGCCCUGUAUGAACAACAACAGCAAAGGUUGCAACCACAGCAGCAGCAGCAGCAGCAGCAGCAGGAAGCGCUGCCUUUUGGGUAUGCCAUUGUGGACGCCAACGCGCUUGCACGCGAAACAUCACCAGCACACAUGGCAUCCACGUGGUGUCAGCUGCUCACAGAGGCAGGGGAGUUUGCUUCAGUGCAUGCUGCGCGCGAGCGAUUCGCUGCAUCAUUCGCCCCAUACGCCGGCAGGGCGGGUGCACAGGAACAGGAGGCAGCACAGACAGGCAGCCAUGACCGCAAGAACGAUGGGGACAGCAGCAGCUGCGGUCUCUUUGGCGAACGCUGCUUGUUCGUCGUGCACCGUGACGCAAAACGCCGCAUGCAUGCCGUCGCCACUGCCACAGACUGGCUGCCAAGUCGCGGUCUGUUACAGCGCUGCCCAGGCUUGAUGCGCUACCUCACAUCCCCAGCACCGCCAAUCGCAGCAGCCACCACCGCGACAGUACCGUCGCAGCCAUCGCAGGGGUCCACACCAAAGCCGCCGGCUACGGAGAGCCAGGCCUCAGUUCCGCAGCCGCAGCGGCCGCUCAAGGACCUGCGCUACGAGAUUGUGACGGAGGAGAGCAGCGGGCUGGCACGCCUGGAGUGGGUAGCGGUGCACCCACAGUUUCGCGGGAUGGGGCUGGGCCGCGCCAUUGUGCACGCUGCCCUGCGCAUGGCCCUCAAACGCGGCCAGCAGGCAGCGGUGCUCUCCACGCAGACCACAACUCCGCGCGCCGUGCGGAUGUACACGCGCUCCUUCGGGUUCGAGCUCUUCUCCGAAGACAAGGCGGAGCUGGUGGCAAAGGAGGGGGAGGAGGAGGAGGAGAGGGAGGAGGAGGAUGCAACAGAACGCGCAGAACCAGGGCCUCGACAGGCAGCUAUCGCCGCCAUUGCCCAUUUGCUGUGACGUGAGUGUGACGUGUGGUGCAUGAUGGAUGAUGGGUGAUGGUGGGAUCUCCGAGUUGGCUCGUGCUGCUCUCUGUCUGUAUUGGUGUUGGCUCAUGUCAGCGCUCAUUCGUUAUUCUCCAUUUCCCCUCCCCCGUUGUCUUUGGUGCAGCAACCAUCGCCUGCGCGCGCGCGCGCGUGUGUGUGUGUGUGUGUGUGUGUCUAUCUUUGGUCCUGCUGCACUCUGUGUUUGUGAUCGUACUAAAGAACGUGAUGGCUUGUUACUCUCAGCAUGUCGUGUACAUCAAGGUUAAGAAGAGAACAAUGCGUCAUAACACCAA